UUAGGAUCCUGCCUCGUUGCCGUCCCGGUCUCCGCUGUCGCUUUCCAAUCGGACGCCUCACAGUCGCCCGAGCCCCCUCGCCGCCACCUGGCGUCGCCUCGCCUGCAGCAACCAACAGCUCACGUCCGUUCUGUUCUGCUCUGUUCCUCCUGCCCACCACCUCCACUUCGUCUUCCCCCAACCGUCCCCUCCUCCUCCCCUCCUCCUCAAAGUCUCCUACUCCUCAUGCCUUGACGGCGCCAUUGGUAGCUUUGCCUGUUGGUCAGAGAGCAGGGGAAGCGAGAGGGAGGGGUCGAGGAGGAGCAAGGAGGUCGGACGUGCGUGGGCGCGGAGGAGGCGGGGAGGAUGUUUGAUAGCUUGCUCAACUCCAAGUUCUACAACAAAUGCAAGCAUGCGUUCAAAUGCAUCCGGACGCGGAUGGCUCCCAUACGGCGGAAGAAACACGCCAUGAUUCGGUUCUUGAAGAAGGACGUCGCCGACCUUCUCGCCAAUGGUCUCGACACCCACGCCUUCGGAAGGAUGGAUGGGCUGAUAGUUGAGUUAAACCAUGCUUCUUGCUAUGAUAUGAUCGAGCAGUUCUGCGACGGCAUCGGUAAGCAACUCGGCAGCCUUCAGAAGCAAAGGGAAUGCCCUUCAGAAACCAGAGAAGCUGUGUCAACUCUGAUUUUUGCUGCUGCUCGGUUUCCUGAUUUGCCUGAACUGUGCGACCUAAGGCACAUAUUCACAGAGAGAUACGGCAAUUUUGUUGAGCCUUUUGUUAGCCUUGAGUUUGUUCGGAAACUCGACAGUACAGAGUUCACUGAUGAGGAAAAGUUGCAAGUCAUGCAAAGUAUUGCUGAAGAAUUAUCUGUUAGUUUUGAUGCCAAGGAAUUGGAGCUCAAGUUAUGGGUCACACCAGAAACUGAACAUGAUAUGAUUGAGAAGGAUUCAAGGAAACGAGUGGAACCAGCAAUGCCUUUAUCCAACAAGCAGAAGUGUGACGAGGAUGCUCCAUGUGAAAGAAAAUAUAAGGAUAUGGUUGACAAGGGUUCAAGGAAGCCAGUAAAAAUAGCAAUGACUUUAUCCAACAGGCAGAAGGUCGAUGAGGAUGCCCCGUGUGAAAGAAAAUAUGAAGCUACACCUGUGCGCCAUAAGGAGAAAGUGGAAAUACAGUUGGGCCCAACAGGUACUCAGGCUGUUGCUGUUGGCAUCCAUCGAAUUGAUGAGAAUUCUAGGAAGCAGCAUUCUGAUAAAUCUGAUGAGAUGGAACAUUUGGAGAUAUCAGUGUCUCCUGUGGACACAAAAAUAAGGAACACCCAAAAAGAUGUUAAGAAGGUUAACAGAAAAGAUAACCGCCCUUCUGAAAAGGAACUGAUGGAAGCAGUGGAGCUUGAUCUCAAUGGUCUUCCUAAGCAGGGAUUUGGUGCUGUCAAAUUUCCUGAAACAGGAAGCAAUAAAACAGCUCAAAAUGCCAAGCCAAAGGAAGCUGUGAAAGAACAUCAUGUUGAAAAAGAGAAUGAGGAAGUCCUUCGUCACCUCCACCCAUCACGUAUGCCCGGUGGUCCCGAUCACAAUGGGAGACAUGCAAAUUCAGGGCUAAGACCUCAGUGCCCAGAGAAUCAAGAACGUCCAGUGAGUCCUUUGAACGGUAACACUAGAAACAAGGUUCCUCCUUAUGCUAAGCUGAAUGAGGCAAAUAUGAAGAAUCCUACUGAAAAACAAGCGACUUAUGGUUUCUUGCAUGAUAAACCGCAACAUUUAGCUGAUCUGGGACAUCCGGUGCAAAAAGGACAAGGAAUGACAGAGAGGGCAACUACUAUGCGACCUCCUUAUGUUAAACCAAAAUCUGGGAUGCAACCUGUGAAUGGUGAUCCUGAAAAGCGAACUCCUAAUGACUACAACAAGUACAAUAUCCCUGGACAAACUGAUCUCUUGGACGACAAAGAUGUGGUUCGACCUGUUUCUGUUAGGAGGAAAAGUGCAAAGCCACCAGCACCCGUUGAUGCUUAUGCUGAGGCAACUAACAAUGAGAAGGCCACAAGCCCAACACCCAGCAGUCACAGAAGGCACUCAAGCAGGCAGAAUGGUGCUAAAUAUGACUAUGACCAGAAAGGUAAUGUGACUGAUGACAUUGUUGGUGAUGGGAAGAAUGUUCAGAGGACUCCUAGUAGCCGACCAAAGCACACAGGCAGGAGGAAUGGAGCUUUGCACAACGAUGGCUAUGACGGGUACGUGCGGCGUAGGCAAACAGAAGCGGAUGAGACUGCUAUUGAUUUUGGUAAUCUUUUGCCUCGCAACGCAAGCGGGCAGAGGAAACACAAGAGUGGGCGUAUCGGGGAUCAUGACGAGGAGGAAAGGAUGAUGGACAAGCUUCUGAUGCACUACAGCAAGAAAGGUUUAGAUCAGACCAACAAAGAUGCUCACGACAACGAAGCUCAAAUAUAUUCUCAGCAAAAGGUUUCCUUGCAUCCUCCGGGAAGAGCUAUCUCUCUACCGCCUGAAUCCAUCAACCACGGUGAAGAUGUGAAGUUUCCUACUCGGUCCAUCUCGCUGCAGCCAGACUGUCCUAGGAGUGUGCGUGUGCACCCGAGAAUGCCGGACUUUGAUGAACUGGCUGCCCGGGUGAAUGCUCUGAGGAAGGCUUGAUACCCAAUAAGAUUGUCUUUGGCCUUGUAUACACGUUCUUUCAGCCGAAGAAGUUCUUGACAGUUCAUUCCUUGCAAGUCACAACCUUUCUUGAUGUGCAGCCCUCAUAUGAGAUUAGACAGAUUUGUGUAUGUGUUUUUUUUAUAGUACCCUUAUUAUAGCUUUUUCUUUGCACCAGUUGUUUGUCUAGAAUAGGACACUCGUUUAUCUAUACAGUUGAUAGGGAUUUCCAUUUGUUCUUUAUUUGUUUGAUAGGGAUUUGAUUUGAUAUAUUGUAUCUUCAGAUUUCGAUUGUUUCAUGUACUAAUUCACAAAUUCAUGAUGAGAAGUAUGUAAAUGGUGUUGAUAAAAUCAAAGUCACAGAAAUUCUUUAUCUGGCA